UUUCCGUAACAAAAGUAAUGGCGAUCCUGUACUAAGAAAUUAUCAUGUGCUUUCAUUUAAAAAGUGGCCUUUUCGGCUGAAUUUUAAAUAAUACAUUAUUAAAUUAUAUAUUAUUAUAUUCGUAGUAAACAAUUGUAUUAUUAUAAAUGUGACUUAUUGUCUCUUUUGUUUAAAAAUUUAAAUUCAAAUUGUGAAACUGAUUUAUUUGGUGAAGUUCAUUUUUUCAUCUUAACAAUCUUAUGAUCUCAAAGGGUGCAAAUAUACCGGAGCCUCAUGUUUCUUUAUUCAUCAUUUUUUAACAACUUUUUCUAAAAAUUGAGUUCAGAAUGGAUUCAAAAAGCAAGAUUGAAUAUGAAUUCUUAGAUUUUAAUGGAGGAGAUUUAGAUGACAAUGAAAGAGAAAAGUUACGAACUUAUUUGCAAUUGAAUCCAUCGUCAGAUAUUUUAAAAUUGCCGUGGGAUGUGGGAGAUAAUGAUUGCAAUGAUAAUAUUGUGUCUGAUCAAGAAACGGAAUUAAAUAAGCCCUGGGUGGCUUACAGUCAUGACGAGGACAUGAUGAAAUACACUUUACCGCAAGCUACUCCAUCUCCCAUUUUUCCAGUGGUAAUAACUUAUCCCAGCGAGUGGGCAAAUUGUGUUUAUCAGGUUCCAAGUGAAAUGAGCAUGCAGUACACUACUGGCAUUCAACCAGUAGCCCCUUAUUCACCUUACAUUAAUCCUGCUGGAAAUGAGAACCAAGAUAUUCAUUCUGGACGAGAGAAUAAUAGAAGAAGCGGUGUUAGAGGACGUGGCCUAAAAAGAGGAGGGGGAGAGAAUUACAAUCAUCGCAGUAGUCAAAAUAACGAUAUUCCAUUCUACUCUGUUCCUUGCAUUGGCGAUCAAUAUCCUUCUGUGUAUUGUCCAAAUAGUUAUCCAGACCAUACUAUGAUGUCUCAACAGCAUCCGGCAGCUGGUCAACCUGUGUUUGUGAAUCCACAACAAAUUUAUUCACAACAAACAGCAACCAUGCACAUACAAUCUCACACAAAUUUCCCCCAAUAUCAUCAUCAACAUCAUUCUUCUCCUUCCUCAUCCUCUCAAAGCAACAUUAUGAAAUAUAAUCGUCAAUCACAAUCGUCAUCGAUUCAGUCAAACGGUGGAGAAACCAUGAAGAAUACUUUAAAAUCUUUUGAUAAGCGUGGACAGAAUAAUAAUGCUAAUUCUAAAUCCUCACGACAAAAUGUAAAUGAUGAUAAAAGUUCAAAACAAACCAUAAGGACUACAGUUAUUGUAAAUAACAGUAAUAUGGAACCAUUUGUAAAUAAUGCGGACAGUAAUGCAGCAAUGAACAACAACAACAACAACAACAACAACAAUAGUAAUAAUAGCAAUAGUAUAAUUAACAAUACUAGUAAAGUUGUUGCUCCUUUUAACGUAAAAAUUGAUUAUAACUUUGUUGCAACCAGAAAUGAAACUUAUGGUGGAACUGAGAAAAAUGAUGGGCCAUGUGUGAACAUUAAAAGUAGCAUUGAAAUAGAACAAAAUGGUGAAAAUGAUAGUGAUAGUAAGAAAGAAAAGACAGUAUCAACCUCGUCUCAUAUACAAACAACCGUCUUAAAGACUCAGUCUUCAGUAUCAAAGACUGUGGAAGACGAUAAUGUUGAUGCUGCUGUUGCUGCUGAUGCUGACGAUGAUGGUGAUGAUGAUGAUGAUGAAGAAGAAGAGAAUGUAGUUGAAAAUGAUUGUGAUGUGCAUCAACUGACUUCCAUGAAAUCACAACAAUCUAAUAUUCCAGUGGAUGAUUCACCAAAAAUUAAAACUUGGGCUAAUGUGUUGAAAGAUGCAACAUCAUUGACUACUGUCACUACAAAACCUACGGCUUUUAUAAAUCCAACGGUAACUGCUGUAGAUUCCUCAGAUGUCUUGUCGAAUGACGCUUUUCUUUAUACGCCAACACGCGAAUGCCAACCACAUGCGGAGCAAAAAGUCAUUCAAAAUAAUGUCAUAUCUGAGGCAUUGGAAAAAAAUAUAGGACCACAGACAAAACAUAAAACUUCACUUGUAAAUACAACUGCUCAACAACAUGAUUUUGAUGAUCCUCUUACGUAUAGAAUGGGUGAAUUUUUCAUAAACUUUCAAAUGGAUAAACAGACUGUGAGUUUACUCCCUCGAGGAUUAACGAACAGGAGCAAUUAUUGUUAUAUUAAUAGUAUUUUACAAGCUCUUCUCGCUUGUCCACCAUUUUAUAACUUAUUAAAGGCAUUACCAUUUUCUGAAAAUCUAAGAAGAAGUUGUUCACGUACUCCUCUUAUUGAUAAUAUGACAAAGUUUGUACACGAAUUUACCCCUUUGUCUGAAGCUGCUCGUAUGCCCAGAAAAGAUAGAGGUAGUAGACGAGGUAAUGAAGAUACUCUAACCGAUGUACAUUGUGGAAUACCUUUUGAACCCUCAUAUGUGUACACAGUAUUGAAAAAUACUUCAUCAGCUGGAGUAUUUUCCAUUGAAGGAAGACAAGAAGAUGCUGAAGAAUUUUUAUCAUGUUUACUUAACGGAAUAAGUGAUGAAAUGUUAGAAGUAAUGAAAUUGGUAAAUAGCGACAAAAAUUCAAACAAUAACUCAAACAUGAAUUUAAAUUCUGAACAACAACAACAAGAAGAAGAGUGGCAGAUAAUGGGUCCAAAGAAUAAAGGUUCAAUCACUCGAUGCACAGAUUUUGGGCGUACACCUCUUUCCGACAUAUUUCGAGGUCAAUUAAGAUCUCGAGUUCAUCGUGCUGGUGAACAACCAACAGAUUAUGUUCAACCAUUCUUUACUUUACAACUAGACAUUGAAAAAGCCGAGUCAGUAAGAAGUGCACUUGAAAUUUUAGUCGGUAAAGAUCAGUUGGAGGGUAUGACAUGCAGUAAAACCAAACAACAGAUUGAAGCUUGGAAGCAAGUUACAUUAGAAGAGCUUCCUGUAAUUCUUAUUCUUCACCUAAAAUGGUUUGAUUAUAAGCUUGACGGUUGUUCAAAAAUACUUAAAAAUGUCGAAUUUCCUGUGGAUUUAAAAAUAGAUCCAAAAUUCUUAUCACCAAAUGCAUCAAAGAAAUUUUUAGCAAAACAAAAACAGUACAAGUUAUUUGCCGUUACUUAUCAUGAUGGGAAAGAAGCAACGAAAGGACAUUAUGUAACUGAUGCUUUUCAUGUUGGCUAUGGAGGUUGGGUACGAUAUGAUGAUAGUUCGUUGAAAGGUAUAUCUGAAAAUAAUGUACUAAAUCCUCAGCUUCCUAGAGUGCCCUAUCUACUUUACUACAGAAGAUGUGAUACUAUUGGGAAUAAUCAGUCAAAUGUUGUUAAAUCACGAUAAGUAGAUAAUAUAUACAAGGCAUAUAGUUGAAUAUCUUUCUAUUGUUUAAAAAACAUUUAAAAGACGAAAAAGAAAUGUGCAUUUGACAUUUUUUAAAUUUACACCAAUGUUUUUGUAUUUAAAAAUUGAACAGCAAAUUAUAAUGUUAUAUUGUACCUAAAAGAAAAAAAGAAUGUUAUCUUGUAUGUCAUAUUUUUCAUUGUAACAAAGUUCUAACAAAAAGAAUAAUAAUAAUUAAUAAUAUAUACCUUAUCAUGAAUGUUUCAUGUUUAAAAAUCAGAGAAAUUUGACAUUACACGCGAAAGCUGAUAUUAUUGUGUGAAUAUAGAUGACAUUUAGAUAAGAGUUGAUUUGUUUGUGCUAUAAAGUAAUUUGAAAAAUUUCUCACGAAAGUAUUCGUAAAAACUACAUAUUUCAAAGUUGUUUUCAUUUAUAAUUAACAUACUUUGAAUACAUAUAAAAAAAGAGUAAAUGUAACAAUUAAUUGCUUUCGAAGAUUAAGUAAUAUGCCGUAUUGAUAAAUUCUUUUUCAUCAUAAAAAACUAAUGUUUAAAGUAGUUUAUACACAACAGAUAUGUGCGUGAAUGUGUGUGUGUGUGUGUGUGUGUGUAUGUAUUGUGUGUACUGAUGAGUGAUUUCGCAAAGUUACAUUGAAAAAGAUAGUUUGCAAAUGUUUGCUAUUAAAUAUAUUUGGAAAUAUUAUAAUUAAAAAUGUACGUCCUACAUAAUUUUGAAAAGUUCAUCUCUCUAAUUAUAACAUUUCAGUAUCUGAUUUUCAGGUUUUUAAUGAAAUUUUAAUAGUAUGUAUUUGUAGAAUUUAUUUUGUAUCUUGAAUUUUGUGUUUUAAGAAUUAAACUACAUUGAUCGCA